CCCCGGGUCAAUCAGUUUCGAUUGAAAUUUGCAUAAAUUGCAAAGAGAACCAAUCAAUCAAACAGAUCAGAUCAUAGUAUUAAUCUCAAGGUCCUUCCUUCCUUCCUCAAUAUUUUAUUUUCUCUUAUUCUUUCUUGUGACUUGUGAUCAUCUAUCUCAUCGAUUCAAAAUGUGGAAGAGAAUGGAUUUUCAACAAGAAACAGCUCAGUUGCUAAACUCAGAUUUCAAAGACUUGAGUGAUGCUGCUAAUAAACUCGCUACUCAUGUCAUCAAAGUUGCUAGUGUUGGCGGUUUUGGAGCCUCUUUCUUCGGAUUUUUUGCUGCUGUUGCUGCUAUUUACCUGUUGGUUUUGGAUCGCACAAACUGGAAGACGAACAUUCUUACAUCACUACUCAUUCCAUACAUUUUCUUCAGUUUGCCUUCAAUUGUUUUCGGUAUCUUCAGAGGAGAGAUUGGAAAAUGGGUUGCUUUAGUUGCUGUUGUAUUAAGGCUUUUUAUUCCAAAGCAUUUCCCUGAUUGGUUGGAAUUGCCAGGUGCUUUGAUACUUUUGAUUGUUGUAUCUCCUGAACUAGUCGCAAGCACCUUUAGAAACGACAUUGUGGGAGUGAUUGUGUGUUUGGUCAUUGCAUGUUAUUUGCUACAAGAACAUAUCCGUGCAUCUGGUGGUUUCAGAAACUCCUUCACUAAAGCAAAUGGCGUAUCAAAUUCCAUCGGCAUAAUUCUUCUGUUAGUCUACCCCGUCUGGGCACUCCUCACCAUAAUAUUUUAGGUGUCUGCGCUUGAGUUUGAUUAUUAAGUGUGAUUGAAUUAAACCAGUUGUGUUCUGUAGUCAUUCAUUUGUUGGAUGUUGAUGUCAAAUACUCUGUCAUUGUUUGAUGUAUCACCUUUGUUAUUUCGUUUACAUGUGUAAAAAUAUGAAAUCAAGUCUCAUUUUGAGACACAUUUUGGCUUCAUUGAAUGUUAUGAAAUAAAAAUGAUGAAGGGGGUUGAGUGGAUCA